AUGGAAGCCAUCAUGGAUGCCCAUGGGUUAUGGGAUGCCAUAGAGCCACCAACCGGAGUGGUUGUGGAUGAGAAGAAGAGCAAGCAGGCUGCCAAGAAGAAGACAGCUAAGGAAGUUUGGGACUCUCUAAAGUCACGUUAUGUGGGUGCAGAGAGGGUCCAAAAGGCAAGGCUGAGGGUACUGAAGAGUGAGUUUGAAGCACUUCAGAUGAAGGAAACAGAAUCUAUAGAUGAAUAUGCUGGGAAGAUCUCAGCAAUGAUCUCUAAAUUUGGGAGUGCAGGGGCAAUAUUGGAAGACGAAGAAUUGGUAAGAAAAUUGUUUGAUACAGUCCCAGAGAAGUUCAUAAAUCUGGUGGCAUCAAUGGAGCAAAGCUGUGAUAUGGAAUCAAUGCCAUUUGAAGAAGCAAUUGGGCAUUUGAAAGCAUAUGAAGACAGGCUCCGACUCCGGAAGGUUCAUCAACCCACCGGAGUCCAAGCAAGCCGAACUCACAAGGUGGCCGAGGAAGAGGAGGAAGUAACAACCGGGGAGGAAGAGGCAGCACACGAGGACGAGGUUCGUCCCGUGGCAGAGGUGGUCGCUGGGGCGGUGACUCACGACAGGAGACAAACAUUGUCAACAAAAAAACCACGAGACAAGAGCAACAUUAGAUGUUAUGAAUGCCAAGAGCUUGGUCAUUAUGCAUCAGAGUGCAAAGCAAAGAAGCAACAGGACCAAGAAGUUAACUUGGCUGCUGAUGAAGAAGAACCAACUCUAUUGUUGACUGUUUGUGGUGAAAAGAAUACCGAGAUGGUCCUUUUGAAUGAAUAA